UCAUCGUCAGUACUCGCAUCGGCCAUUUUGUGAGUGUGUGCUGGAUCAGGAUAUUUGUGUUAAGAAGCUUUUUCAGUAAAACCGAAUGAUUUAGUUUACGAGACGAGACUCGCAUCACUUUUAUUACAUGUGCUAAGAGUGUGGAAUAUUCGUAGACUCGACAUAGAAUCGUACGAUGGAGGAGAAAGCAUCGUUGAAGGAACUCGACCAGUGGAUAGAACAAUUAAAUGACUGCCGACAACUAACAGAAAGCCAAGUAAAAACUCUCUGCGAGAAGGCAAAGGAAAUCUUAGCUAAAGAGUCCAAUGUACAAGAAGUAAAAUGUCCUGUAACAGUGUGCGGAGAUGUACACGGGCAAUUCCAUGAUUUAAUGGAAUUGUUUAGAAUAGGAGGCAAGUCUCCAGAUACAAAUUAUCUUUUUAUGGGUGACUAUGUGGAUCGUGGCUAUUAUUCCGUUGAAACUGUUACCUUGCUUGUUGCGCUUAAGGUCAGAUAUCGAGAGAGAAUAACUAUUUUACGAGGAAAUCAUGAAUCCAGACAAAUAACACAAGUAUAUGGAUUUUACGAUGAAUGUUUACGUAAAUAUGGCAAUGCGAAUGUGUGGAAAUUCUUUACGGAUCUGUUCGAUUAUUUACCAUUAACUGCAUUAGUGGAUGGUCAAAUAUUUUGUUUACACGGCGGUUUAUCACCUUCCAUUGAUACUUUAGAUCACAUACGUGCCCUAGAUCGUCUUCAAGAAGUACCACACGAGGGUCCAAUGUGUGAUCUUUUGUGGUCAGAUCCAGAUGAUAGAGGAGGGUGGGGUAUUUCUCCUCGUGGGGCAGGGUAUACUUUUGGACAAGAUAUCUCAGAAACUUUUAAUCAUUCUAAUGGAUUGACAUUAGUGUCACGAGCACAUCAGUUAGUUAUGGAGGGCUACAAUUGGUGUCAUGAUCGUAAUGUUGUAACUAUAUUCUCAGCACCUAACUAUUGCUAUCGUUGUGGAAAUCAAGCUGCAAUCAUGGAAUUAGAUGAUGCUUUAAAAUAUUCAUUCCUUCAAUUUGAUCCAGCUCCAAGACGCGGAGAACCACAUGUUACUAGGCGGACACCAGAUUAUUUCUUAUAAAGAGCCAAACCCCAGAGUUAAAUAUUAAGGUAGGGGUAUGGAAAUGAUUCAGGCUUUAUAGCAAUGCCACUGAACAUAAUUUAUGAUCAAUAAAAGUGUGAGGUUCCAGCUAUCCUUACACAUUACAUUAUAGUCUCAAGUAUUAUGUCAUGACUCACUUCGUGGUGUCUUGUUGAGAGACGGAACACACAUCCACAUACUUCGCGUGUGUCCCACACCGUACAUGUAGACACAACAUUAAUUGUAUACAAAUAGAAAAAAAAACAAAUUAACAUACAAUAAUGUACACACGUACCAAUUAAAAUUCGCGUAUAGCAUUGAGUUCUACAACCUUCAUUAUACUGCUUGUAUUUUUAUUAUCGGAAAGAAAAAUGAAAUGAGCAUACUACACCGAUUGAAUAUAAUAAGUAGUGUGAACAAGAAAUGUGCAUGUUACUGUUGUUUUGAAACCUUGAACAAAUAUUAAUUUAUUGGUAACUGUUUAUACAAGCAAAAUUAUUUGUUGCUUAUAUUGAAUAGAAAUAAUGUUGUUUGAGGUUUCAAAAAGCAUACCAAAAUGAUUAUAAUUUAUAUUUAAGAGUGUCACAUAUAAUUAUUAGUGUGAAUGGAGCAUGAAAUGUUCCACUUAAAGGAAAUACAAAGAGGGUUGAUGCAACUGUAAAUUGGGCAUGUUUCAAUUGUGCCGUAUAAGUAAUUUAAUAAAUUCUUUAGUAGAUUUCUUUGAUAAUUGUAAUAUAGCAUUACACAUAAUAAUUCAUCAGAAUCAUAGCACUCAAUAAUUUUGCUGUUAUUUUAUCGAAUAGAUCAAAAUAUAAUUUGUAUAUAUCAUAUUUUUAUAGCAAUAAUGAAAAUAUAACUUACAUUAGCAAAAAAGCUUAUCGAUUAAGUUCAUUUUCUAGUUUAAUUUUUCAAACUUAUUUGUUCAAAUACAUAUAAUUUUUAAAUGUUUAUGCAAAUACAAUCCUCUUGGGUCAUCUUAAUUUAUAUAAUUAAUUAAAACACUUGCAUCAAUCCUGUCAAGAUUUCCUAAGUGAAACACACACUUUAUACUGAAUAAAUUCAUGCAUUCAUGAUCAUUAAAUUGAAAGUUAAUUGCUUGUGAACCUACCAAUGACUUUUUUACUAAUUAAUAGAUAUAAAAUGAUGCUUCUGAUAAAUAAACAUGUGUAAUGCAAGUUAAAUGAACUUAAUGUGUUGUGUCAGAUCAUUCGUAUUUGUCGAUACAAAUAUUGUAUGAACAUUGGAUGUAUUCGCAGAAUACAUGUUUUCACAACAAUAAUAGACAACAAUAAUUUGACAUAUGCAUAAUAAAACGAUAUAGUAGUAGCAAUAAAGUGAGAAAAAAAUAAAAUGAAAUGUAUAGAUGUACAUGGUAGCAGUUUAUGAAGACUGUAAAUCUAAAACGAAACAAAGAAAACAGUACAGAAACCAUAAUAUCGUGGAUACAUCAAUUAUUUCUGCAUGAUGCAGAGCUAAGCAUUUUUCUUUUUCAUUUUUGUUUUAUAUAUUAUAUAUUAAAUGUAUUUUUGAUUUAUGAAAAGUAAUAAAAUUAUAAAUAGUAUUAUAACAAAAAAGCAAAGGAGGAACAUGUCUUAGAGAAAAAAAUCAGUACUAGCUUUUAGAAUUCAUAUUAUUAAUUUUAUACUUGCUCUAUUUAUUAUUUCCCUCAAAUAUUUUAAUAGAUACGUUUCAAUACCACAAUCAAACAUAUUAGCUACUAGAUUCAAUACAAUACUAAUACUUGCUAAGAGUAAUAACUUUUGUUUAUAAAGUUUUAUUUAUAAUAAUGUAACAUUUUAAUUGUAAAGACCAAGUAUCAAUAUUUUCUUCUGUUCCACUUAAAAUUUUGUACUAAAUAUUCAACUUUAUGUAUCUACAUGCAGGUUUUUACAACAAAUAAUUAUAUAGAUUCGAAUUAAUGUAAAUUGGAAAGUAUGCUUUCAUUUAAAGCUGACUGAUCACCAAUGCACAUGCAUAAAUUCAAUUUCAAAGUUAAUUCACUUUUGUAAAUAAAUUCAGGAGAAUUUAAUUAGUUCAUGCAUGUAUAUAAUUAUUAUAUAUUGCAUACAUAUUACAUUGUAUAUAUCAAUUUCAGAUAACAUUUUUUACUGUAUUUUUUUGCAAUACUUUAUAUGUAACAAUCAAAAGAAAUGCUACAAAUAUUUGCGUUUUACAUAAGUGCACUUGGUUUUUAACAUUCAGCAUCUUUCCCUUUUUUAGACUUGGUGUAUUAAAAUCUGUAUUUACACAGAUGUUGCAGAAGCAAAAACAGUAUGCCAUGAACUGAUAUUAUGUCGUCUCAUUAUAAACAAAGCUAGAGAAAUAAAAAAAUGUUAUCAUA